UUUGGGUAUGUCUAAGAAACUUGUUGUAAAUUAGAUGGGCAAAAUUCUGUACAUAUUUGUUUUUUGUUAUACUCUUACAAAUGUUGAAAGCUUUAUAAUGGUUGUUCAAUUAAACAUUUAACAAACAUUUUAUACAGAAGAGGAGGAUCAUGAUCAACUCUACACAAUCUUCACAUUUCACACUCUCUGCCUACUUUGACACUGGGCUUGUCCAGUCCUUAUAUUUCAUGAUUGUUCUUUUUUUGUAUGUUUUCAUUGUGGGUGCCAACAUGUUGCUCAUUGUAGUUAUUUGUCUGAACAGAAGUUUACAUGAACCCAUGUACAUGUUUCUGUGCAGCCUGUUUGUGAAUGAGCUGUUUGGCAGCUCUGGGCUGUUUCCUUUCCUUCUGCUUCAGAUUCUCUCUGACGUUCACACUGUUUCAGUUCCCUUUUGUUUAGUGCAGGUUUUCUGUGUGUACACAUAUGGAAGUGUGGAAUUCACUAACUUGGCCAUCAUGUCUUAUGACCGAUACCUGGCUAUCUGUCAUCCUCUACAAUACAACACAUGUAUGACCUCUAGUAAGGUCACCUUGCUCAUAGCUGUUAUCUGGUUGCCCCCUGUUCUAGCGGUUCUUGUUUCAGUAUGUCUGACUGCCUCUUUACAGCUGUGUGGGAGCAUCAUAAAUCAGGUUUAUUGUGAUAACUACUCAAUCAUAAAACUUUCAUGUUCUGACACCACAGUAAAUAACAUCUAUGAACUUGUUGCUGCUUCUAUCACACUCUGUGCUCCAGUCUCCAUUAUCCUUUACACUUACAUCAGGAUUCUCAAAGUGUGUUUUUCUGGAUCCAAACUGACCCGGCAGAAAGCGGUCAGUACCUGCACACCUCAUCUGGCUUCUCUGCUGAACUUCUUUUUUGGUUCUUUUUUCAUAAUAUUACAGAGCAGAUUUAAUAUGAGCAGUGUACCAAAUAUUUUGCGAAUAUUCUUGUCAUUAUAUUUCUUUACAUGCCAGCCGCUUUUCAACCCUGUAAUGUAUGGCCUGAACAUGAGCAAAAUACGCAUCAUGUGUAAAAGUCUACUUUUAGACUUUCUUCGGAUUUCUGGCAGAUUUAAAUAG